AUGGCGGCACCGAGACAAGUAUCCAGCCGCAGCGUGCUGCGUGAGGAGGCGGGCGGCCCCACGGACUCGCCGGUCACUACGCGCACGCCCGUGCCCGCAGUAUCGCCCGGAUCUCCCGAAGUGCUUGUGUCAGCCCCGCAGGUCGCCGAGCCGCCGGGGAAGAACCUAUGGGAUCAGAUCUGCGAGGAGUAUGAAGCUGAGCUGCCUACCUUUCCAGAAGGAUAUAAAGUGAAGCAGGAAGCUGCGGUUACAGUCACGCCCUUGGAGGAAUUAGUUCCUCAUGGCUUCAACAUGGGGCACUACCUCCCAAUACACCAGUUCCCAGUGAUGCCUCCUGUGCCCUGUCCUCCCAAGAAGGCAGAAACAGUCGACCCCAAGACCUGUUCUCCCAGAGAUUAUCUGGAAAUGUUCAUCUUUCCAGUUCUGCUCCCUGGAAUGGCCAACCUGCUUCACCAAGCAAAGAGAGAAAAAUGCUUUGAGAGGAAGAGAACCAAAUUCAUUGCCUGUGAUUUCCUGACUGAGUGGCUGUACAACCAGAAUCCGAAGAGGGCAGGGGAGUUAUUCACAGAAUUCUUCUCCAUUCCAUUUGUGGAAGAAUGGCUCAAGGACCACCCUCGGCCACCAAUCCCGCUCUCCCUGCUAUUGACAGAAGAAGAAGCAGCAGUCAGGGUCCAGGCCUUCUGGAGAGCCUAUCUGGUUCGCUGUGACCCUGAGAUUCAGGAGCUGCGGCAGUGGCAGAAGAAGCUGCGGGAGGACAAACACAUCCGCCAGCGGGUGAAGAUCUUCUGGGCCAAGCAGGAGCAGAAAAUGAAAUGUAAAAUGGAGGACGAGGAAGCACCUGCUGCCUCAGCACCGUAUCCUUAGCCGAUGUCAGUCGCUCCGUGUGGAAGGAAGGACGAUGUAUCCAGUCUGUAUUUUCCCUAGUACCGUGUCUUUAACAAGCCUUAGUGUGGUGAAUACAGAACCAUCUGCACAUGAGGUAGGAUUUGUUGCAGAGAAGCUGAAGCAGUUUAGCUUCCUGCCUUACCCCAAAUCUCCUCCACUGUGUCAGGAACACCCUCUAAGCUGUCACUAUUGACAUGCCUCGUGACUGCGUCCUCUGACACCAGUUUUCCCACUUUUGCCAAGAUCCAUAUUUUAACUUACCUCAGAUCUCUGUGUUAGUUUUGCCUUGGUUUUGGAGUGUUGGGAUAACCCGUAGGGCCAAGGCUACAGCACUGAGCUGUUUCCAGCCCGAUAGACAGUUGUCAGAAAGGUUUCCCACUGUUAAAGCCCCAAAGUAUAACAGCAGUGUCCUGUUAACUUAAUGGUCCCAUCGGUUCUGUGGCUGCUGCUCACCAGGAUUCUCCCAUUUAAAAUGCCCAGACAUGGCUGAAAGCCUCCUCAGUAGUUUCUGACUGACAAGCUACCACGCAUCUUAGGUAAAUAGUAAAGCCUUUAUUUUCUUGUUAAGAACAGCAUUUUGAAAAUAAAACCUAUCUGCCCAUGCUUAACAACCUUUAAAGUCUGUGAUAUUUUAUAUACAGCCCUGUACAUACUGAUUGUCUUGAAAUUUCUCAAACAAUUUUUGUUUAUAAGUAUGCAAGUCAGCCAGGAUAAGGGGAAGAGUGAGGGUACAUUAUAAAAUACACAUUAAUACAUUUAAUAAAUAUAUAUUAUCUAUCAAAAAACGAGCCAUAGCUCUUUAUGAAUAAAGCACCUGCCAAGGGCUCUCAUCAGCUCACAUGGUCGCUGCAUCCUUGGAUGUGUAAAUGCCAGUGCCCCCUUCUAUUUUGCCAUUUGGCAAAUUCCAAAGAUAACCCCUCCCCCCACCUGUCUACACCUGUUCACUGACCUUGAUCUCAUCUGUGGGGGGUGGGGCAGACAACAACCAGAUCUUAACUUUUGAAACAGCUGACACAUAGGAGCCCCUCCCUCUGCCAUUGUCCCACUACCUUGGCAACUGACUCCAGACCUCUGUGGAGUCUUCACUCAGGAGGGGACAGAGUGGCUGUUACAGUCCCAACAUGGUAUUACUACUUGGGCAUGCCAAGUUGUGCUUGC